UCUUUUCACCAACAGCAUCUGCUGGUUAAAGCCACCGUGGGACUGAGAGCAAACAAUUCAACAUGCUUUUUGCUUUUACUCUCAUCUGUUUGGCCUCUGUGGGACACUCGGUUCCUCUGACCUGUGAGGAGUUGACCCGGCCCAUGGAUCAGCUCGAUCCACAUCGCCUGCCGGGACGGUGGGCGUUAAUAGCAGGCAGCAUCAGCUACCCGCCAUACCUGGAGAUAUUCCGACAGCGAGACAGCGCCACUGUGAGCUUCUCCAGCCCCGCCAACACCACCAGCAUCUCUUACUCCCGCAGCCUCAGUGAGAACGACACCUGCUACUACAGCCACUACAACCUCUCCCUGGAGGGCAGCGGUUUCACCUACGACGGGACGGAUAAGAGCAAAUUCAGCGCAGCGUUCGUGCACACGUCCUGCCGUGACUGCAUGCUGUUCCUCAUGACUGUGGAGUCGGGGAAGAGGCAGCACUUUUACCUGUUCAGCAGAAGGAGGCAGCUGGAGGAGAAGGAGAUGGAGGAGUUCAGAGCUCAGGUGGAGUGUCUGAGCAUGCCUCCACCUGCUGUGAUGGAUCCCACCAAAGAUCUGUGUCCAGAGAAGAGCAGAGACCCAGAAAUGGACUGAGAUGCUGAGAAAUGCAUUUGAUGUUCGACAUGUACAUUUAAGGAGAAGAAUAUAUUUACUGCAACACCGCAAAACUCUGACUCACAAUAAAUAAAAUGUGAAGAUGCUAAAUUUGUUUUCAAAGCAACAGUUUUUUUUUAAGUCUUAAUAUGACUAGAUAUAUAUUUGGCCUAAAAAGAUAUCCCAACUGAAACACCCACUCUGAUGAAAAUUGUGUUGUUUUGUGUUUUUAAUGUGUUCUUUUUCUCAUUGUCACAAAUAUAAAUAAAAUUAAGCUUAAAAAAACA